GCGCAAGCCGCUGCCGACGACGCGACACGGACAACGGAGCCGGACGGGCGCGCGCGACUGCGGCGGUUUCGUUUGCCAAUUUCGAUUCGCUUUAACGCGUAUUAAACCGAUUAAACCGGGUUGACCACCGCGUGGUCUUUGGUGGAAGGAACAGAGCGGCGUUUCACCGUCGAUCUUCGAUUGCUCCUUUUUUCGAAGUUCGAGUUUUACAUCGCGUGAAACUCGAGGGAUUAUUUUUUUCGCCGUCGCGCUAAUCGAAGGACGCGCUGAUCGUUGAGACUCUCUCGUGCUCGGAGGGACUCCUUCGAUUUAUUAAAAGUUCGAUUUCGAGGAAAAGUAUACUGAUCGAAAAGUAACGCCGCGUGCUGCGUUCGAUCGAGGCGAAGCGAAAGGACGAGCCGAGUACUUAUAUAGUCGCGACCGAAAGAAAGAAAAUCUCACGGAGACUCUAUGAGCAUGUUCGACACGGAGAGGUUCAUCGAGGAGAUAGAGAGGCGGCCGGCGAUCUACGAUGUGAAUCGCGGCGAGUACAACGACCGUAACGCCAAGAUGACCGCGUGGGACGAGGUCUGCCAGGUGAUGGUACCGAAUUGGGCGCGCUUGACGGACGAGGAGAGAAACGUGGAAGAGAAAAAUUUGCGCGGGAAAUGGAGGAACAUACGGGAUUACUUCAUGAAAGAGCUGAAACUUCAGAAAUCGCACAAGUCUGGACCCGCCGGGCGUAAACGCAAGAAGUACAUGUAUUUCGAUCGAUUGUUGUUCCUCAUGCCGACCGUUGAGAACAAGAGGAAUUCCGUGACCAUCAACCCUUGCAAAUCGGAGGAGAGCGACGGCGAGGUGGACAACCCCGUGAUCGAGGAGUACGAUCCCCUCACUUCCGGCAACGCCUCGAUAACGGGUGGCCGGGAAUAUUUUCAGGCGGGUACCCCCUCGUACAAGGUGUGCCCGCGUUACUCGAAACAGCUCUGCGAGACGUCCUUCACGCCCUUCGACAACGAGAUACACGACAUCCUCUCCUCGCACAGCAGUCAGCGCGUCACCAUCGACGAGGACGACUACGACAAGAUGUUCCUCCUCUCGCUGCUGCCGAUCAUCAGGCAAGUGCCGGAGGAGAAGAAGCUGGACGUUAGGAUACAGAUGCAGCAAGUUCUGGCCAUGGCGCUCCGCCCGUCCGAUAACAAAUAAACUGUUCGGCGUGAUUUUUUUUUUUAAUGAGAGAAGAGAAUCAAAAAUGCAUCGAAUAGGAAAAGAUCUUGCAGCGAUUUAUUAUGUUAUAUAUAUCUCGAUCUGUCCUGUUUCAAUAUUUUCGUGGAUAGAUUAUGCCUACAGAUUUCUUUUUACUAGGAUAAUGGAAAUUUGGAAUGGACAUUGCUAAGAUUUAAUUCUGAUUAAUGGAUAUAUACAUAUAUAUAUCCAAGAUAAUAAAAACUAUUUCGUUUAUUACGUCUUAUGUUAAUGUUUAUAAGAUUUAGGCUUGGCAGAGUACUUGAUUAUGUGAUAUUUAAAAAAUCACGUAAGCAUCAAUAUAAUUACAGCUCUAUAGAGCGUACUCAUAAAUAAGGUAAUUAUGAUCUAACGAGAACACGUGGAUUGUGUCGAAACAACUUAUCAAUUAGCAUAAAUCACAAUUAUGAAAUAUUAAUUCCAGGAUACAUAAUAGAUAAAUUUUAUACUAUGUACUUUAAAGUAAGCAUGAAUAGUAAUAUUGCGUCUGUGAUAUUAUUAAGCUCUAUUCGACAAUCGAAGAGAUAUACGAGGACGUCAUAUGCGUAAUAUAUGGCGCAGUCUUGUCAUGCUAGGAUGAUUCUAUCGAAAUAUAUAUAUUGCACAACUUA